CAGUGCUUUCUGUGGUUCACCUCUACAUUCUAUUUCUAAAAAUAGACGUCAUUAAAUCGAGUUGGUUUAUAAUUUCUAUUUUACGUUAAUCUAUUGCAUUUAUAAUCGGCGAUAAGUAUUUAUUUGUUGAUCAAGGCUUUAAUUCCGUAACGAUAAUCUCCACAAAUUAAGAGAAAUUAUGGGGCAAAGGUGACAUAAAUCUCAGUAGCCGUACACAUUUGGUUUUUAGAAGAAAUUCUUCACAACUAUUCAGAUAUGGUAUUAGAUGCGCCUACACCGGUGUGACGGUUGCCUCGCGGCUUGCCGACCGGAGCGCCGCGUCGCGCACAAUAAACAUAUUAUUACCAGAAGUAAUCACUUGAAGCGAGCGAGACGGGUACCAUACAGCCCGCUGAAAGAAACCCACGUGAUGGCAAACCUGCCAACACUCCCGACGCCGCCCGACCGCGAUGCACCGCCCAUGCCCUGGUUCGGUAUGGACAUUGGUGGGACGCUCACGAAAUUGGUGUACUUCGAGCCCAGAGAGACAAACCGGCGGGAGAUAGAUAAAGAGACGGAGAUAUUGAAGAAUAUACGGCGGUACCUCACCAGGAAUUCUGCGUAUGGCAAGACUGGGAGGAGAGAUGUGCAUUUACAGAUGGACAACGUGACAAUCCGCGGCCGCCGCGGCACACUCCACUUCAUCAGGUUCCCCACGAGCGAAGUCGGCUCUUUCCUGCAACUCGCUCGCUCCAAGGGAAUGGCCACUCUCCUUAGCACCAUUUACGCAACUGGUGGUGGCGCUUACAAGUUUGAGGAGGACUUUAUUAAGGAAGUGAACAUGCGACUGUCAAAAUUGGACGAAUUGGACGCGUUGAUAGCGGGUGUUCAAUUUGUCGACUCGAUGAACCCGCACGAGUGUUAUUACUGGGAACCGAACCCUGACACCACGACUGACAAUGACUCGCCGCCAUACUUGGAGCCGUGCCUCAGCCAGUACGUGCGGAAACCCUUCGAUUUCUCAUCGCCAUAUCCAUUCCUGCUGGUGAAUAUUGGGAGUGGGGUCUCCAUGUUAGUCGUCAGUUCGCCCCUUGACUAUAGCCGAGUCAGUGGGACCAGCCUGGGUGGUGGGACAUUCCUCGGUCUCUGUUGCCUGCUCACCGGCUGCAGCAGUUUCGAGGAAGCCAUCGCGUUGGCUGCCUCCGGCGAUAACACGACCGUCGACAAAUUGGUUCGAGACAUCUAUGGAGGGGAUUACGAGAGGUUCCAUCUGAGAGGGGAUUUAGUCGCGAGCAGCUUCGGACAAAUGUGUUCGGCUGAUCGUCGUGCGAAGGUCUCCCGCGAAGACCUGGCUCGGGCCACCUUGGUCACCAUCACCAACAACAUCGGCUCCAUUGCGCGGCUCUGCGCGUCCAACCAGAAUAUACAGCGGGUGGUGUUUUGCGGCAACUUCCUUCGAGUGAACCCCUUGUCGAUGAAGCUGCUGAGCUACGCCAUGUCUUACUGGUCCAAGGGGGCUUUGAAGGCGCUGUUCUUGGAACAUGAAGGGUACUUUGGCGCUGUGGGUUGUCUACUCCAUUACGAAAGUAAAAGCGAUAAACAAAAUUGCACAGAGAACGCUCAGACGGAUAGGUGAAUCUGUAGCCUUAUAUAGGGUGUUUUGUUGAAAAGCUGAAAAUAUCAAAUUUGUUAACACCUGUAUAACAAAACACCUGUGAAUAAUGAUAUUAUAAUGUUGUAAAUACUUAGAGAAUCGUAAUCGCCAAGCACGAGUUUUAUCGUCUCCAUAACGUUUUGAUAACGUUGCUGAAAACAAUCUAUAAUUAGAUUGUCUAAAACCUUUUUAAAUAGACAACUUGAGCAAAUCAGAUCAUUUGAUCACUCCAUGGGCAGUGGUAUCACUUCAGGUGAGCAUUCUGCCUAUUUGCCUCCUAUAACAUAAAGAAAAUACAUAGCAGGCAUGAAGCUUGUGAUAAUUACGUCAAGUAUUUGUCAGUGAUUUCAGAUUUUGACAGCUUGAAAGUAUCGACUUUCGAGUAUUCUAUUUUUACUUUACGUAUUAACAAUACUAUAUGUAUUCUAUUAGAAUUCUUUACUAUAUUUUCAUACAAAAAUGUAUGUUUUCUUUUACACUGUUUGGAACGGACCGUAGUAGACGUUUAAAACGAUAAAUCUCGUGCUUGGCGUUAUAUCGUUUUUGUAAACCAGUAUGCAUUAUGACGAAUGAAGCCAAUAUUGCCACAUUUAAAAAUAUAGGCGUUACUUUUUGUAAUAAUAUAUUAUGAGAAAUAUAUACAGGGUGUAACGAAAUCUAGAAAGUUAUUUUGGCUAAGAGUUUUAUAGGAAACGGAAA